AUGGGUGCUUGCACUUCCAGACCCUCCCCAGAACCCAAUCUCUCCGAUAAUGAUCAAUCCACCACAAACAGCCCUCUUCCGGCGGGCAAUAACGCUGUUCCGAUUAAGGGUAACCUUGAAAAUGUCGAAAACCUUUGCAAUCAGCCGGAGAAGAAGAAAGAAGAGGCCGAGGUAGGUAAGAAAUCUCCGUUUUUUCCGUUCUAUAGUCCGAGUCCGGCUCAUUAUUGGUUGUCGAAGAAGUCUCCGGCGAGAUCUCCAGCGAAUGCGAGCUCCAAUUCGACGCCGAAGCGGUUUUUUAAGCGGCCAUUUCCGCCUCCAUCGCCGGCGAAGCACAUUAGGGCGGUGUUGGCGCGGCGGCAAGGGUCGGUGAAGCCCAACGAGGCGGCGAUACCAGAGGGGAAUGAAUCAGAGAAUGGAGUUUCGGGUUUGGAUAAGAGUUUUGGCUUCUCGAAGAAUUUUGGUAACAAGUAUGAGCUUGGGGAUGAGGUUGGAAGAGGGCAUUUUGGGUAUACAUGUAAGGCCAAGUUCAAGAAAGGUGAGCUUAAGGGACAAGAGGUGGCUGUUAAGGUCAUUCCAAAAGCAAAGAUGACCACCGCCAUCGCCAUCGAGGAUGUGAGAAGGGAGGUCAAAAUAUUGAGAGCUUUGACAGGACAUAAUAAUCUAGUGCAAUUUUAUGAUGCAUUUGAAGACCAUGAUAACGUCUACGUCGUGAUGGAGUUAUGUGAAGGAGGAGAGCUCCUGGAUAGAAUUCUUGCAAGUGGUGGGAAAUACACAGAGGAUGAUGCAAAGGCCGUGAUGAUACAAAUAUUGAAUGUUGUAUCAUUUUGCCAUCUUCAGGGUGUGGUGCACCGGGAUCUUAAGCCAGAGAAUUUCUUGUUUACGUCUAAGGAUGAAAACUCACAACUGAAGGCCAUAGAUUUUGGGUUGUCAGACUUUGUGAAGCCAGAUGAAAGGCUUAAUGACAUUGUCGGCAGUGCAUAUUAUGUGGCACCUGAAGUUCUACAUAGAUCAUACAGUACAGAGGCUGAUGUCUGGAGUGUUGGUGUUAUAGCAUAUAUUCUAUUGUGUGGCAGCCGUCCAUUUUGGGCUCGAACCGAGUCUGGAAUCUUUCGUACUGUUUUAAAAGCUGAUCCAAGUUUUGAGGAACCACCUUGGCCUUCACUGUCUUCUGGGGCCAAAGACUUUGUCAAAAGGCUAUUGAACAAGGACCCACGGAAAAGAAUGACAGCUGCUCAAGCCUUGAGUCAUCCAUGGAUAAAGGAUAGUAAUGAUGCAAAAGUGCCACUGGAUAUAUCUAUUUUCAAACUCAUGAGGGCUUAUAUGCGUUCAUCUGCUCUCCGGAAAGCUGCUUUACGGGCUUUAUCUAAAACAUUGACUGUAGAUGAGCUAUUUUACUUGAAGGAGCAAUUUGCACUGCUGGAACCAAACAAAAAUGGCACCAUAAGUUUGGAUAAUAUUAAAACGGCCUUGAUGAAUAAUGCAACAGAUGCCAUGAAAGAUUCCCGAGUCCAUGAUUUCCUGGCAUCGUUUAAUGCACUUCAAUACAGAAGGAUGGAUUUGGAUGAAUUCUGUGCAGCUACAUUAAGUGUCUAUCAGCUUGAGGUACUUGAUCGGUGGGAGCAACAUGCCCGUUGUGCCUACGAACUUUUUGAGAAGGAUGGGAACAGGGCCAUUGCCAUUGAAGAGUUAGCUUCGGAACUUGGGCUUAGCCCCUCCGUCCCUGUUCAUACUGUUCUACACGACUGGAUUAGGCACACUGAUGGAAAGCUUAGUUUUCUCGGUUCAUUAGGGAUGGCAUCAAGUUCAUGGCAGAAGCCUGUGCCCACCCUUAGUUUUUGGGGGAAGAAUGGAAUCACAGCCGCCAGUGUGAGACUAUUUCCACCAUUGAUUAUUAGAUUUGUACCUGAUGUUCUGGUUGAGAUGAAAUGUAAAAAACACACUCUCAUUGUAAUCUCCUCUUCGUCUUCCGAUGAAGAUGAAGAAGAAGAAGAAGAAGAAAGCAGCGACGAAUCAGAAUCAGAAUCAGAAGCAUUCGAUCAUCACGACGACGACGACAGUGUAGAAGAGACUAGCCCUUCUACUUCCUGGUAA